GUCUCACGUCCGCUCUCUUACCCCAGUCAAGCACCCUGGUGGGCAGCUGGUACGGUUUUAAUUCUUAAGAAGCACCCAGAAAAUACUAAAACCCGCAACCAUGAGCAGGAAAUUCUUUGUCGGUGGAAAUUGGAAGAUGAACGGCGACAAGAAGAGCCUGGGGGAGCUCAUUAAGACCAUGAAUGGAGCCACUGUCGACCCCAAUGUCGAGGUUGUGUGUGGCGCUCCAUCCAUCUACCUGGACUUUGCAAGGUCCAACCUUGAUGCUAAGUUCGGUGUUGCUGCUCAGAACUGCUACAAAGUUCCCAAGGGUGCCUUUACUGGGGAGAUCAGCCCUGCGAUGAUCAAGGACUGUGGUGUGAAAUGGGUUAUCCUGGGACACUCUGAGAGGCGCCAUGUCUUCGGAGAGAGUGAUGAGCUCAUCGGCCAGAAGACAGCCCACGCCCUUGAGAGCGGUCUAGGUGUCAUUGCCUGCAUCGGUGAGAAGCUGGAUGAAAGAGAGGGUGGCACCACCGAGGAGGUCGUUUUUGCUCAGACCAAGUUCAUCGCAGACAAUGUAAAGGACUGGAGCAAGGUCGUGCUUGCUUAUGAGCCUGUGUGGGCCAUCGGCACUGGCAAGACUGCUUCUCCACAGCAGGCUCAGGAAGUUCACGAGAAGCUGAGGGGGUGGCUGAAAACCAAUGUGUCUGAGGCUGUGGCCAACUCUGUCAGGAUCAUCUACGGAGGUUCUGUGACCGGUGGUACCUGCAAAGAACUCGCUUCUCAGAAGGAUGUCGACGGUUUCCUUGUUGGUGGAGCAUCCCUCAAGCCAGAGUUCAUCGAAAUCAUCAACGCCAAGGCAUAAAAAAAAUAAUCUGGAAAGCUGCAGCAAGACUAAGUACAGAAUAGAGGCCAGCUCCAUUCAGACGAUCCAGCUCCAUCACCCCUCACUUUCAGCACUUAGUCCUCUUCCCCUCCUUAUUCAAAGUAUUUGUGUAAUGACGUCAUUCCCUACUCUUUUUAUUUUUUGUGGUAUAUUUGACAUAAAAGGAAAGGGACAGGUUGACACAUGCACUGUACUGCACUGAAAAGAGUUGAGUCCACUGAGAAUAGCCCAUGUGCGUACUAACUUCCACGCUGAGUGCUCAAGCUGUAAAGACGGACAAUAAUUACACCUUGAGGUGGACGGCCAGUCCGCACCUUUACUUGAAAAGUUUACGAAACUUUUUUCUGUAAACAUUGUCACAGCUCUUGUCAAUCAGAUUUAUUUGUCUUUUUAAUACCAAUGUCUCUUUUGUGUAAUUAUGAUGUUCUGUGGCUUUUUCCUCCCUGUAGACGUGCAUGAGCCAUGCCCUCAUUGGCUGUAGUGCCGAGAGGGGCGUGUCCAUUACAUGUUAAUCAUACUGUGUCGUGGCCAAUGGGUAGGAGGUUGGGAAGGCUGUAAGGUAACAUUAUAAUAAAUGGUUAGAGACUG